AUGUUAUAUUGUUAUCUAUAUUCUACGAAACCUAUAAAGAAAUCCGCCUAUAAAAUAUAGUGCAGUUAUGAGUAACUUAGCAGGACCAACUGGAACUGCCACAAAUUAGAAAUGCCGAUUGUCUACAUCUGGUCUCCCAAAAUUGGUAAUCCGUAUGGCCACGCCGCCCUGCAGACGGACAAGUAUCACAUCAGCUUCUGGCCCGAUGGAGAUGUCAAGAAAGAGUUGGGUACACUAACGACAGCUUUGGUGGGGGUCAACGCAUCCCUCGUCUUCCAUCAUGAAUUGGAUCUCUUCUACGAAGACAAAUGCCGACCCACUGGCGUAUACGAAAUCGUCAACGUCACGGAUGAAGCCAUUAAUGGCAUCCACGAAAAAUUCCUCCAUUACAACGGAAUCAAACCGGCGGAUGUCACAUUGAAAGUAGCAGAAGAACACAUCGAUAUUAAAAAACCAGAGAUAUCUGUUGGUAAAACGCCCUACACCUUUGUGGCCGAUAUUGUUGGCCAAACUUCUGUAUUGAACGUGAUAAGUUCGACAAGUUCGACGUCAGGUUCGUUACAUUCGGAACCUUUCUAUUACCGCAAACAGAGUUGCGUAUCAUUUUGCUUCAACCUCAUCCAAAUGGCCGAUCCCAAACCACAAGGAAUUCCAUCCCAAUUGACAGACAUUGUUACGUCACAAGCGUUGGACAAUUUCACCGUGCCGUGGUUCCAAAGUUACAUUCAAAGAUAUUGGGUGAAAGACAAACAUGCCGCAGAUAAUGCGUUUGGAAGAAUCAAGAAAUAUUGGCUUGGAUAGUUUAGGACAAAGUGUGUUUCUUUUAUAACUGGGUUUUAAUUAUAUCACUAGGAUAGAAGACUAGAAGAGGAGAACUUUGUAACAUUAGAUAAACAUUUAGAUUGACGAAAUGAGAA